AUGUGCAGUCCUCGCCAACACGACGACUCUUCGCCUGACCCGUCCCCCCAAGCCUCCGGUCUCCCAGCCCAGGCAGGGCGUUCGAGGGAGUUGUGGGAAUCCCGAGUGAGCGGCGCGAGCCUGGCCUUCAGAAGCUGGGAACUGCGGAACCCCCUACUUGUCAAUGUAUAUCAGCUAUUGCAGCAAGAGGAGCAACUCCUCCUCGAUGCCAGCCAGAAAGCAAAUGCUAUCGAAUCAUCUGACAAUCGUCGAAAUCAACCUCUCUUUUCCCGUUGCUCCCGCUGGAAACUUGAACUGAAGCCAAAAUUUAGCUCAGUCGGUUCCUCCAAUCAUCGUGGAUAUCGGCCACCGUUUUGUUACCAGGACCGUCAGGAAAACCGAAGCUUCCAGCCUCAGGCUCUGAUUCCCCCGUACCGUAACCGUACCUUACGCUUACCGUACGCGGCUCAUACCCGCGCAUACGUCCGCUUUCCUGUGCACUGCCGGUGCCAACGCUGUGCCAAGUCCUUGUCUUGUCAACCAGCUUACCCAGCCUAUACCAGCCCGUACCCGCCAAUACCCUCCCAAUACAUCGUCAUCGUUUUGCUUCAACCUUUGGUCAACCUUCAAGCCGUCAACUUCAACGGCCGAUCCAACCUACGCCGCUCAACAACCCUUCAGCCAACUCCAUCCACGACUCCCCUUCCCCCACAUGUCGUCUCUCUAUCCGUCUCCACCGUCUCUGUUGUCGCUUAUACGCUCCUGACGGUAUUUUCCCGUCACCUCCCGCUGCCGCUGCCGCUGCCGCUGCUGCUGCUGCUGCCUUCGAGCACGCAGCUGAGCCCGCCCGUGCAGCUCCUCUGCAACCGCGCACGCACCGUUGAGCGUAGGGAUCUUCGCCUGCGGUUGCAUCCUGUACUGCGCCAACACAUCACCCGCCACCAACAACAAAAUACACUCACCCACCCCUAG